AAGCAUAAGUACAAUUUUUGACGGCGUCGGAGCCAAACGUGAAGUCAGUGCGAGCGAGCGUUGUUUAGAAAUCUAGAAAAUAAAUUAUUCGAGCGCUGGCGAGACGCAGAUGUGUUGUAAAAAUUGAUAGUCAAAUGAAUUCUGCGUAAAUUGUGUAAACUUUGAGUGUAUUUGUGCUGCCUUCCAGCGUCAGGUUUUGACGAUAAAAUUUGCCUUUGAGUAAAUGUAAAUGUGUGCGCUGAGCAUAGCCGUGCGUAUGUGUUGGUGCGAGCGUCGAGCAUAAGAAAGCGAGACGACGACAAGCCGAAGCGACGCUUAAUAAAAAUCGCAGCUGAAGCGAACAAGAUAAAGAGAGAAACGCGCAGUCACAAUUUUUAGAGCAAGGAAGCUGAAUUAGACGCAAAAAUGGCCAGUUUCCAAAUACUGCACGACCUGAACAACAAGGAGAAUCCGGCCAAAACUGGUCCGGCUGCUCUAAAGGAAAAGAAUAUGGGUGCCGCCAAGCAGCCGCUGGCCGUGAUCGGCGGUGGCAAGGAAAAGAUUGCACUUGGCCCCCGCACCAAUUUCGCUGUGCUUAAUUCCAACAACAAUCAUGGAAAUGUUCAGCGUGCUCAUCCAGCGCCAUUGGGGAAAGCGCAAUUCUUCCGCGACGUAAGGAACAUCAAUACGGACGAAAACACUGACUACGCUGGCCUGGCCGUCAAGAAAUCGAACGUUGUGCCCGUGGUGGAGCAGUUUAAGACAUUCUCGGUGUAUGAGGACAACAUCGACACACAGGUGGUGCCGACGGGCGCCGUCAAGGGCCAGUCCUCUGCCGCCGACAAGGAGAAUCUGUACGACGCCAAGUACAACGCGGUGCCCAAGGAGUUCUCCAUACAGCACGAAUAUGACCUCGAGGGGACGCCCAUGUCCGUCACUGACGUCAUGUCGCCCAUGUCUGUGGAUCGUUCGAUCAUCGAGGUCGGCAGCGCCACUGACGACGGCCCGGCCCAGGGCACACAAUGUGGAGCUGCCCCCGGUGUCCGGGCCAAGGAGCUGCCGCCACGCAACGAUCGCCAGCGAUUCUUCGAGGUGGUGCAGUACCAGAUGGACAUCUUAAAGAACUUCCACGAGAGCGAGAAAAAACGUCGCCCCAAGCGCGAGUACAUGCGCAAGCAGAAGGACAUCAACUACAAUAUGCGCUCGAUCCUGGUCGAUUGGCUGGUGGAGGUGUCGGAGGAGUAUAAACUGGACACGGAGACCCUCUACCUAUCGGUCUCCUACCUUGACCGCUUCCUCAGCCAGAUGGCAGUGGUGCGUCCAAAGCUGCAAUUGGUUGGCACUGCCGCCAUGUACAUUGCCUCGAAAUACGAGGAGAUCUAUCCACCAGAUGUGGGUGAGUUUGUCUUCCUCACCGACGACAGCUACACCAAGUCGCAAGUGCUGCGCAUGGAGCAGGUCAUUCUGAAGACGCUCUCCUUCGAUCUGUGCACCCCAACGGCCUAUGUGUUUGUCAACACGUACGCUGUGAUGUGCGACAUGCCCGAGAAGCUGAAGAGUCUGACUCUGUUCCUGUGCGAGCUGGCGCUUAUGCAGGGAGAACCGUACUUGGAGCACUUGCCGUCACUGACGUCGGCCGCUGCGCUCGCCAUGUCGCGUCACAUACUCGGCAUGGAGAUUUGGACUCCGCAUCUAGAGGAAAUCACUACCUACAAACUAGAGGACUUGAAGACUGUGGCGCUCGAGCUGUGCCAAACGCACAAUACGUCCAAGGAGCUCAACACCCAGGCCAUACGGGAAAAAUACAAUAGAGAAAAGUACAAGAAGGUAGCUUCCAUCGAGACAAUCGAGCUGAAUGAGAAAGAUUUUGAUCAGCUAUUGCAGGGCUACAUUGCCAAGCAGAAACAGGAGGAGGCGGCUAUCAAUUCCAAAUCGGAAGUUAAUUUGUUUUAUAAGUUUUAAGUUUAGUGUUCCAUGUAUUAUUUGUAGUUUUAGACCUAAUUGUAUUUAACUGAGAAAUUGAUGGGAGUCGGAGAGAACAAAAAGAAAGAAGAAAAGACAGCGGAGAUCAUCUACAGCACGUGGCGGAUCGGCAAGCUCCCGUAACAUGUACUGGACAAUUUUAUAUGCCUCGCCAUAUAAGAGAUUAGUCACCUCUACAGCAAACCACCAACACCUCCUACUGUCCACGGUGAGGGCCUGCUUUGCCGCCACACCACGCCAAGGGAGAUCAGAAGAAGCUGCAGCAGUUUUUAGGAAAACUAACCAAUGCAAAAAUAGCGAUGAAAACAACAAUCAAGUCCAAAAACUCUACUCCAUUGGAUACUAAAUAUUUUACUGUUUGAGUUCUUUAAUAUGUUCGCCAUGUAUUUCCUUUUUUUUGUUUUUGAUAAAAGUGUCACAUGAAUGUAUUAAAUGUGUCUUUUACCAUAAUCGUACGCACUAACAGCCAGCUUCAGAAAUUAUAUUACAUAUUUAUAUACGUACUAACUAGUUAGGCUAUAAAUGUUCUGUGAACCACGCAACAAUUGUAACAAAUACACACAUCCAAAUUACACCAGA